AUGUGUCAUCCGUUUAGACCAUGCGAACCACCAUCUCCGAACGCUGCGCCCGUAGCGAGGCCUGCCCCGGUGGCUCCGUAUUGCCACUGCGACGCCCACUCUUACUCACCGAGGGUGGAACAGUACAAGCAGCUGCUGGAGAAGGAACAGAAGCUGUGCCACGAUUACGAACUGCUGAGGAAGCAGAUGGUGAGCGUAACUAAUGAUAUUUUGGAUCACCCAUGCGAUGACCUCGACAGCAAGAUGCAGACGAUGUACCAGGCAACUUAUAAAAAGAGAUCACACCCCGUGACGGAGUACAGGAAAGUGGUGGCGGACACGCAGUCGAACGCGCCCAUACCGAUGGAGGGCCACCGGCUGGGCGCGCUGCGGUGCUACAAGGACCCGACACAUUUCGGGGACGCCCCGCCGACCGUUCGGCCGACGAUCAACCCACCAGGUCCCGUCCACACUGGCGUGACGCCGAAGACGAUGCGCGUCUGGUUCGGGGAGUUCCCCGGGCGCACCGAGUACAUGGACGCGUUCAGCUCGACCGCGAAGGCCUCCUGGCGGUCGAUGCAGCGCUACAAGGAGCCCCUGCGGUCGACGAGGCGCAGGGCCGACGAUCCCUGCGUU